CCAUCAUCUCUAGGCGCAGCCUUGAACCGCGCCGGUUUCCUUUUUUUGCCCAGUUUCAAUACAUCUAGCCAAGAUGGCGGACGCCGAUUCGUGGGACGCCGACAACUUCGAGCCGGAUGAGCCGAUCAGAAAGGCGGCGGUGCUGGACAGAUGGGAAGGCGAGGACGAGGAGGAAGACGUGAAGGACAACUGGGAUGAUGAGGAUGAUGAGGAGAAGAAGGUGGAAGAGAAAAAACCAGAAGUAAAAAUGUCAGACAAGAAAAAAUUAAGUGAAAAGAUCAAAGAGAAAGAAAAUCAGCAAAGGAAAAAACAAGAGGAGAUUAAAAAGAGGUUAGAGCAGUCAGAACAGAAAACAGAGCUCACACCAGAGGAACAGUUAGAAGAAAAGCUGAGAGUGAAGAAGCUGCAGGAGGAGGCAGACCUGGAGCUGGCGAAAGAUGCAUUCGGUGUCACUAAUAACGUAACGGGAAUUGAUGCCAUGAGCCCCUCCUCUAAAGAUGACUUCACAGAGUUCCAGAAGCUGCUUAAAGAGAAAAUAACUCUGUAUGAAAGAUCUGUGCAUUAUUCUAGCUUCCUGGAAUCGCUGUUUCGUGAUCUCUGUAUUUCAUUGGAAGUGGAGGACUUGAAGAAGAUCAGUAACUCCCUGACAGUGCUACUCAGUGAAAAACAGAAGCAGGAAAAGCAAAACAAGACGAAGAAGAAGAAAAAGGGCGUGCUGCCUGGCGGCGGCUUGAAAGCCAAGAUGAAAGACGACCUGGCGGACUACGGCGAGUUUGACGGCGGCUACGCUCAAGAUUACGAGGACUUUAUGUGACAGUGGCUGCAUCCGGACCACCCUCACACCGCUCCUCUCAACCCCUUCAACAUGCAGCAGAAACCUCAUAAUGUCCAGUGCCAUCCUGGGAAUAAAAAAAGAAUAAAAACUGAAAGAUGUGUGUCACCCCACUACCGAAUCUUUGAAGGUUGGCUUUACAGAGAACAUUGAACUCCACAGCUAUGUCUCCUAGUACAAAAAAAAAAAAAUUAACUGCCUCCUACACUGACACGUCCUCCUCCAAAUCAUGCGUAAAAGUAACAGAACCGCUAUGUCAGGUUUCUAAUUUGAAAACGGCUGCACUGGAGUGUAUUGCUAUGCCCCGCAAUAAGUAGAUGCGUGGAAGAGCAGCAUCGGUUUUCAUAUUAUCAGUUUUAAUUCUUGUCGAAACGACACAGCCUGUGACAGAAUGGCUGAAUAGUAUUACUCUGUUUGACAACUGCAAUUACAUGGAAAUAUAUUUGAUGUUCUAUGCAAAUAAAUUAAUUCAGAAUGUCUAUAUUUAUCUCAUGGGUAUUUUACUUUUCUUGUGGAUGGCAUUUACAAACUCCACAGAAAAGUAUUCUGCAUCUGUACAAUAACUUAAGGUCACUAAAUAUAAGCCAGAUGCUCAUAUUUGAUGUUUUACUUUGGAGGGUUGUUAUAUUUGUGCUUUGGGAGCUGACACUACAUGGAAAUCAGAUGAGGAAUUGUUUUAAGACUGCACAUAAAAAUGACUGUAAAAGGUAACGGGCAACCCAAUGAAAUGAAAAUGUACCAUUUUGUAAAUUGUAACGAAAACCUCAUGUGGCCAUCCUCUGGAAAUCCGCUGUAAUGUUCUUUGAACGUUGCGGUGACAGUGCUUUGUAAGUUGAUUUAGAAAAGAUAUUUUUGUGCAUGGAGAAAUUAAGUUUGUAUUCAUAAUCUGUUUACUACUAAUGCAAGCACAGGGGGUUGGGUAUCUGUCAUAACUGGUCUCUGCAACCAUGGCUUCUGCAGUCUUAUAUCAAUUAGGUGAGGAAAUGGCAUACUUACUGAAUGGACGUAAGUCAUUCUCAGUACAUAUAGGCUGUACUUAGUGGAACAUUGUAGGCUUUUCCCUUUUGUUUUAACAUUCGACAAAAUUUGCUUUACGAAUCAUGAGGCCUGGACAAUGACAAUACAAUUGAUGGCAUCAGCAGUGUUUUAUAAACAUCUAAUUUAAUAAAAUUUCUGUUCAAAAGGA